CGUCGUCGUCGUCGUCGUCGUCGUCGUCGUCGUCGUCGUCGUCGUCCUCGUCCAGACCCCAACAGCAGGAUCUCGCGCAGGAAGCAGGCUGCAUUGGACAAGCGCCGACAAACUCUACCUAACGAGCUACACCAAGCCUUUCGAGAGGCCUCAAAUGCCACGAUACCAGACGAAGCUCGCCAAGGCAGCUCGCAGUCUGAGGAUCGCGGAGCUGGAGCCACUUAUGACGUACCUGCGGAGUUAUGGAACACCAUCUGGGCACAACAACAUACAACAUAUUACAUCACUUCCGACGACGGCGACAUCUUCUUCUGGGUCUUCGAGCUCGCCAUCGAGGCUCCUUUCGGAGAAGGCUGCAUUGUCUGAGCAGAGCAGCUCCAGCUACGCUCACCAUGGAGCGACGACCACGCCUGCGAAGACGGCGCAGAGCGGGCUGUAGCUCAGUCGCUAAGACGGGUCGGCCGUAGAGAGUGAGCCGCAGCCGCCUUGAGCGUUGUCUGAUCAGAGUGAGGGGGCCGAACGGUCAUUCAUUAUCCCUGUGUGCGUGGCUAAAACG